UGUCAUGUCAUAAAUAACAAAAUAACCUGAUUUACUAACCAUAAAAUAUGGAAGUUUCAUGUUCAUGAGUUCUUUGAUCUUCAGUUCGUUUCUGAAUAAGGAAUAUUAUCCUUCAACUUUGGUACAAUGGCAAUGGCAUUCGCCUCAAUUAUCUCAAGUAAAUUUAGUUACUCUUGCGCUAUUCUGAAAAGUCAGACCAAACAACUGAUUCGAUAUUCCAGUUACAAAUCGUCUCAAUUCCUGGAAGAUGUGGAAACCAACAGGAAGUAUGACAUUACUAGAGAUCCUGAUGAAUGGAAUUCUGUAGAAAGAAUUCUGCCACCAACAACAGUACCUGAACCCAUAAAAAAGAAGUCUUAUCCCUCUGGUUGGAAGCCUUCUGCAGUUAACCUCAACCACAUGUCAUAUUACAUUGAGAGGACCAAAAACCACAUGCUUCCUGUUUAUUUGAAAUUAUGUGCCAGGGGCACAAGGAGACACACUUUAGUGAGGAAAGUUAAAGGGGAUAUAUUUGAGAUGGAGAAACAACUGCUGAAAUUUUUACAGAAAGAAUCAUUCAAGCCCAUCCGAAGCCAGGUGAAUGAGUUUGCUGGCUAUAUCAGGAUGAAUGGUGACUUUGUGAAUGCUACAAAGUUCUGGUUGGAACAAAAACAUUUUUGAAUGAUUUCCAAGCUUCAUAUAACAGUGAUAUACUAAUGACUCAACUCUAUGAGUUGAAACAAGAAAUUCAAAUAUUCAAUCAAUUUUGUUUGGCUGCAAUACAAAGUGUUAAUAUAGGAACAACUUAAUUCU